CGUUCACCAACAGACACGAUGAUGAUUCUGAAUGCUUUCAGUGUUUUCCUGCUGUGGUCUCUAUGUGGGACUUGGGGGAGUAUCAUUCAACCGAGGAUUCAUAAAGUGAAAUUUGGAGAAAGAGGUUGAAAUUAUGUGCAUCAUUAAUGAAAAAUUGGAAACCAUUAUGUGGUACAAACUGAGCAACAACAGGACACUGCAGCAGCUCAUGUCGAGCUACAGUAUAGACUCUGAAAAGUUUAGAAGUCGUUACUCUGUUAAGUCAUCCGGUUUUUCCAGUACUUUGACGAUAUUGGCUGCAGAGUGGGGCGAUGCUGGUACGUACUACUGUGGAGUUUUGAGCCAGAAAGAUGUGGAGUUUGGAUCAGGAACAGUUGUGGUGGUUGAAGGAGAGUCAAAGCUCAUGCAGUCUGUGCUCCAGAGUCCAGAAUAUAUCAGAGUGCAGCCUGGAGACUCUGUGUCUCUCAGCUGUUCAUUUAACCCCAGCCUCUGUCCACAAGAACAUACCAGUGUCACUUGGAUUAAAAGUGGUUCUCAAACUGUUUCAUGGAACUUUGAGAACACCAGUAUGAACUGUGAGGACGCUGGAGAAACUUCAUGUGUUCAUAACCUGACCCUGACAGAAGUUGGUUCAGCUGAAAAUGGGACUUUUCUCUGUGUGGUGACUGCCUGUGGAAACACGAUGCUUGGUUCUGGAACAAGGAUAGAAAUGUACAAGAAUCUUCCAGUGCAUCUGAGUCAAAGCUCCAUCGCUCUGAUUGUGGUCUCCAUUGCAUUUGUGGUGUCUGUUCUUGCCCUGGUGCUCGUGAGCUGCAAGAAGUUUGACAAACAAACUCCAGGAAGAGCUCUGUGCAGUCUGGACUCUCCCGAAGACAACAAGGUUGAAGACAGUGUUACAUAUGCGAGAGUCAGGAUAGGGCACCACAGCGCCACCAGCAGGGGGACCUCCAUGCAACCCAAAAACGACACAGUACUGUAUUCUGACAUAUUCAUAGAUCUGGUGGAGCAUCUAGAUGAUCGCAUCCUCCACUCCAAUUCCCCCCAUGGUAACCAAACUAAAGGGGAUCCAUUCCAUGUUCCACCUCUGGUUAAUGGGGUGCAGAAAAAGCCGCUCCAGAGUCUUCAUAAUGUGCGAGUCUGGGACACACAGCAUCUGGACCUGGAGCUUUACCUGGACCUGGAGCUUUACCUGGACCUGGAGCUUUACCUGGACCUGGAGCUUUACCUGGACCUGGAGCUUUACCUGGACCUAGAGCUUUACCUGGACCUAGAGCUUUACCUGGACCUGGAGCUUUACCUGGACCUAGAGCUUUACCUGGACCUGGAGCUUUACCUGGACCUGGAGCUUUACCUGGACCUGGAGCUUUACCUGGGCACAGCCUUUUAA